CUUUGUCCGCAGUGUUUUUGUUUUGAUCAUGCAAGAUACUUUGUGAUUCCCGCGCAAACAAGCUUUUUGGAAUUCUCUCUGACGACUUUUUAAAUGAACUUCAUUCGUGACUUACACGAAGAGUGUAUGGCAGGGUGGACUAAUCUCAAUUCAUCUCUCAGAGGAAACCUGAGGAAGUUGUCAAAGUCAUUACGUUUUGUCUCAGCCAGGAGGCCUGGAUCUAAGUUAACAUUUGACAAUGUGAUGUCUGAGGCAAAAAAUGCUACUAUUGUUCUAUUUGGUGAACAGCAUCAUCAGCCAUCAAUCCUGAAAGCUCAACUGUGUGUCCUUGAAAGAAUGGUGUCUCAGAGCAUAGAACAGUCACAUGGCGCAUUCCCUGUCACUGUUGUCUUAGAAAUGUUCAACCUACAGCAACAACCUUUACUGGAUGCUUAUCAAGCCAAUGAAAUUUCUUUAGAAGAAUUAAGAAGUGAAUAUAAGGGAACCGAAGGAUUUUCCAUGGAGCAUUAUGGAUACAUUUUGGAAGUUUCCAAAUCACUUGGUGCUAAGCUUGUGGCUGGAUUUGUGCCAAAGCCAUUUUGUAGAAUGAUUGUUGAGGAGGGAAAGACACGCGCAUUGGAAAAAAUUGAACAAACUGGGGGCCCGCCCAGAGAAUUUUAUGUCGAUGGUUCUGAGGAUCAUUACAGGUAUUUUCAAGGAUUGAUCAGUGGAAACCUAGACCAAGUCGUCGACAAGUACCGUCGCAUUUUUCCCGCACAGGUUCUAAGAGAUAGUUCAUUUGCAUAUACGAUCAUGGAUAUUGUUCAGAAGUCAGAGGGACACGCAAGGAUUCUUGGAAUCUGCGGCUCAGGACACUUAGACUUUAAAUAUGGAAUUCCUGAAAGGAUUUCACCUGAGAUUCCAACUUAUGUGCUAACUUCUCGCACCCUUGAUGACCCAGUAGAACAUAAUGUUGCUGAUUGCAUAUAUCAGUACUCAUAUUAACCCAUCACUCUCUACCUCUCAUGAGUGACCAAGGUCGAAUUUCCCCCUUAUGAUAUCAAUACAAUACUAAGAAAAAUAUCUAUUAGGGGAUCACUGGUUGAUCCAAUACCAAAUUCUCCGAGGUAACAUCAUAAGAAUCAUAAGGAGUAUUACUACAGAGAUCUUAAGAAUGAAUUGGUUAAUACCAGGGGAACAAGGAAACCUCACUCAAGGCUUUUUCUCUCUCCAUCUGUUGGGGAGUUAAGGAAAUGAAGGCUUGUCUACAGGUUACUUUUGACAUACUGCCAUAGGUGCAGCACUUGAUCUCCCCGGUGGAGAUGGGUGAAAGAGAGAGUAAGAGAGAAUUAGCGAGACUGAAUCUAAGCUGUGGCUUGACAGAAAGAGAUGAAAGUGAAAUGUAGACAUUUCAGAUUUUAAGAUUUACUUUUCAGUGUUUAUCUACACUUUGCACUUUACAAUGUAAAGUUAUUGUGAUUAGACAAUACUUUCUUGUCAGACCUGGUAUGAGAUCAAACCACCUCGAUGUAACCUUAACUGAUACAACCCUUCUUCCUACCAUUUCUAAGGUUGAAAUUCAACUACUACUUUGGAGAUUGUAUUUGGAGAAAUACAAUAUUACUAGGAAGAUUCAGAAUUGUAAUUUUGACUACGUGACAACCGUACGUUGUACAAAAUAACCCUUAAACUUCUCGAGAUUAAUUCAAAAUUCUUUGUCCUAGCUGUAUGUACCAUGUACUAUCUGAGUAAUUGUGAGGAAGAUUUGGUCAGAAGUCAACAUAGAGCCUUCCACCUGCUAAUUUGUUUCAAAAGUGUUUGUUCUAGCCGCAUGUACUAUGUACCAUGUACCACCUGAGUAAUUAUAAGGAGAAUUAAGCCAGAAGUCACUAUACAACCCUACACCUGCUGAAUAUACUCAAUUUUCUUUCACCUGAGUUUUUAAAGUAACUUCCAGUUCAGUGUCGGCGUGAGCCAUACAGGAUCGCAUUGGUUUUACCUUGCUCCACCUUGUGUUUUGUUUAGAAAUUUUGCGCCAUCCUCUCAACUAAUCUGAUAAAAACCAAAGUCAAUCUUGUCUUGUUCAUCAGCGUUAAUUCUCACUUGUGUACUUGUGUUUACUUUAAGUUAUUACUGGCUCCUGGCGUUAUUUUAUUAUGCUCUGACUAGUCGUUUGUAUUAAUUAAAUUAUGUUAUUAAGUGAGAUAUGAGGGGUGAAGGGUGAUGUACAAAAUAUUCUUUAGCGAUUAAUUAUCAGUUGGUGAUGAUUGAUAUAUAACGUUGGAUGGAGAAAAAUAGGGGUAUUUUGUAAAAGGCACUC